CAAGGCAAUGCGUGCAGGGAAGAGUGUGACCCAGGCACGUUUGGCCCAGGCUGUGAGAACAAAUGUGAGUGCCCGCUCAGAGUGUCUUGUGAUCAUGUGACCGGGCAGUGCCAACGCUUGUGCCCGGCUGGUCGCCGUGGAGACAACUGUGAUCAAGACUGUCCAGAGGGGAGGUUUGGGCCAAGUUGCARUCAGGCCUGUGACUGCUCAGGGGCUCCAUGUGACAGAGUGAGUGGCCAGUGCCAGUGUCCUGCAGGAACAUCAGGAAAACGCUGUGAGAAUGUGUGUGUGAAGGGCUUCUGGGGUGCGGGAUGCCGUGAGGCCUGUCCAGCCUGUGAGAAUGGAGGAGUGUGUGACAAACACAACGGGACGUGUUCCUGCCCUCCUGGGUACAUGGGCAGGCUCUGUCAGAACUCAUGUCCGACAGGACGGUUUGGUGUUGGAUGCCAGCUGCGCUGCCUGUGUGAAAAKAGCGGGCGCUGCCACCCUGUCACGGGCCGUUGCACAUGUGCCCCUGGCUGGGCCGGACACAACUGCAGGAAAGCCUGUGACGCCAGGCACUGGGGGGUGGACUGUGCUGAGAAAUGUGACUGUAAGGAUGGUGAUGGGAGCUGUGAUGCGGUGACGGGCCAGUGUAACUGUGAGGCCGGCUACACCGGGACACAAUGCUAUGACAAGUGUCCAGUGGGCUAUUUUGGGCUAGGCUGUCUGCAUCACUGUCAGUGUGACAACAAGGGCACAUGUGACCAUGUGAGCGGAGCCUGCACCUGUCUGGUGGGCUGGACUGGAACCUUCUGUGAGAAACCCUGUCCCCAGGGCUUCUAUGGGUUGGACUGCCAGGAGAAGUGUGUGUGUGUGAACGGAGGUCACUGCAGCCAUGUCACUGGGGUGUGUGUGUGUCCUGCAGGGUGGAUUGGUCCUACCUGCAACCUGACAUGCCAGGCUGGUUUCUACGGGGAGAGCUGCAGCCAAACCUGCGGUUGCCAUAACAAUGGUAGCUGCCACCCGGCGAGCGGGCAGUGUGUGUGUACACCAGGCUGGACAGGGCCAAGCUGCAUACAGGAAUGCCCAGUAGGCUUCUAUGGAACAGACUGCUGCCAGCGUUGCCUGUGCCAGAAUGGAGCCACGUGUGACCGAAUCAGUGGGCAGUGUACGUGUGCCAGCGGGUGGAUGGGUGCAGCCUGUGAGCUAGAGUGUGGAGCGGAGCAGUUUGGGGCCGACUGCCAGCAGCAGUGUCAGUGUGAGAACGGGGGACAGUGUGACAGACAGACGGGCAAGUGCACCUGUAGUCCUGGCUGGGUCGGAAAGCGCUGUGAAAAAGCCUGUGGGUCAGGCCUGUUUGGAGCUGGCUGUGAGGAGAGCUGUCAGUGUGAGCAUGAAGCCCCCUGUCACCACGUCACCGGGCACUGCCUGUGUCCACCAGGUUGGAGGGGACCCCUUUGUGACAAAGCCUGUCUUCCUGGUACCCAUGGCAAGGGCUGUGUGCAACGCUGCACAUGUCCCCAGGGUACUUCCUGUCACCAUGUCUCUGGGGAGUGUGGCUGUCCCCCUGGAUUCACUGGCAAUGGCUGUGAACAAACCUGUCUGUCAGGGACAUAUGGGCUCAACUGUAACCAGGUGUGCCAGUGUUCUGAGACCAACCAGCUCUGCCACCCAGUGACUGGGUUUUGUUACUGCGCCCCAGGCUUCCAGGGUCCUAAAUGUAACCAGGGAUGUGUGGAAGGUCGGUAUGGUCCCAACUGCGAGCGAGAGUGUCGGUGUCAAAACAGGGGGAAGUGCAUCUCCACCACUGGCACCUGUGAAUGUACAGCAGGGUUCAUCGGAGCACACUGCAACAUCACAUGCCUAGCGGGACGUUAUGGGCAUGAUUGUGCCCGCGUGGUGCUGUGUGGAGAGGGGGCACAGAAUGAUCCUGUCACUGGUAUAUGUCACUGCAGCCCUGGACAAAGAGGAGAGGACUGUGGACAAGGCUGUGCUCCUGGAUGGUUUGGAGGGGACUGUGCUCAGCGCUGUAACUGCAGUCACGGAGGACUGUGUGACUCUGUCUCUGGAAGCUGUACCUGUGGUCUGGGCUGGACCGGGCCUCACUGUGAUACAGAAUGUCCUCCAGGGACGUUUGGAGCUAACUGCCAGCUGAAGUGUGACUGCCGGAACAACGGAACCUGUGACAGAUUGACAGGAACCUGCCUGUGUAUCCCAGGAUACUACGGACGUCAGUGUGAAAAUGCAUGCCCCCCUGGUCUCCAUGGCCCUCUGUGCCAGCUCCAGUGUGACUGUCUGAAUGGGGCGUCCUGCCACCCCUCCACAGGCCUCUGUGUGUGUCCUCCUGGGUACCACAGCUCUCGCUGUCACAGAGAGUGUCACCAGGGCAGGUUUGGUGUGAACUGUGCCAAAUCAUGUGACUGUGUGGAGGGCACACCCUGUGACCCUGUGAGUGGCAGGUGUCUGUGCACCUCAGGGAAGACUGGACCCAGAUGUGACAUUGACUGCAAAGCAAACCGCUAUGGGCCAGACUGCACAGAGAGGUGUGAGUGUGACAACGGGGCUUAUUGUGACCAUCGGAACGGACGCUGCACCUGUCUCAACAGCUGGAUCGGACUCACCUGUCAGGAAGGUGGGCCUCCACGUCUCCCCUACAGAAGCCGGAAGGAAGGAUAUCUCACAUCCGGACAAUAACGCAUUAUAGCUCCAAUCCCCUCAACGAGCCUCCGACUGUAAGAGACUGAGGCAGCAGCAGGCUUCACUGAAGCCGAACUGAAGUGGAUUAAAAGUGUGGAUAUUAUUAUUUCAGACAUACACACCCCAACAGGAGAGGAUAUUGCUGUGCCCACAGUAGCUGGAUGACAGACAUGGAGAAAUAGACUCUCAGGGGAAAUUUACUCUGUUUGCUCUGGGGUGGAUAAUGCUUUGGUGUGUGUGCGUAUCUGUGUUUUGAACUGUGAAGGGUUUUUAAUUGUGUGUGUAGUAUAUAUGUACGGUGCCCACUCAGGCAUGGCCUGACUCAUCAGUGAUGAGGUCCUGGAUGUUGUGACCUCCUUCUGGUAGUUAGAGGGAGGUCAGGUGUUACCAGGACUACCCUCCUCUGCACACUCCCAUCCUGGACAAAGAACCUACGGGAUAUAGGAGAUGUGUGUGGAGAUGGGCUAAAUGUCCAACACUAACACAUUCUUGAUUUCAGAGAUCCACUGACUCACUCUGCUGUUCUUGAGAUAUUUGUUUUGUAUACUUGGCAAUGUUAAAAUAUUUAAUGUUUAGUUUUUUUGUAAUUUCCCCCUGGAAUUAUGAUGGAAUUUGUGCAUAUACCAUAUACAGUGGCUUGUGAAAGUAUUCACCUCCUUGGCAUUUUUCCUAUUUUGUUGCCUUACAACCUGGAAAUAA